CAGCCACACUUGAGCCAUGGCUGCGAUGCUGAGCCUCGUCCUGCUGCUGGUGGCCGGCGGUGCUCACGCCGCGGUACUGCCGGACCCCCGGGUGGUCAAUGGGCAAGAUGCGGAGCCCUACAGCUGGCCCUGGCAGAUCUCGCUGCAGUACGAGCGGAACGGCACCUUCCACCACACCUGCGGGGGCACCUUGAUCGCCGCCAACUGGGUGAUGACGGCCGCGCACUGCAUCUCCGAAUCCCUCACGUACCAGGUGGUGCUGGGCGAGUACGACAUGAGCGCCGGGGAGGGCCCCGAGCAGCGCAUCCCCGUGAACUCCGACGACAUCUUCGUGCACCCCAAGUGGCUCAGCUUCUGCGCGGCCUGCGGCAAUGACAUCGCCCUGAUGAAGCUGCAGCGCCCGGCCGCGCUCUCGGCGGAGGUGCAGGUGGGGCGGCUGCCGCCCGCCGGCUCCGUCCUGCCCAACGGGUACCCCUGCGUGCUCAGCGGCUGGGGACGGCUCACCACUGGGGGGUCGCUGCCGGACCGGCUGCAGCAGGCAGAGCUGCCCGUGGUGGACUAUGAGCACUGCACCCAGCCCGACUGGUGGGGGGCCCUGGCCAUCCGCCAAACCAUGAUCUGUGCCGGCGGCGCCGAGAAGGCCGGAUGCAACGGCGACUCCGGGGGACCCCUGAACUGCCAGGCUGAGGAUGGCACCUGGGAGGUCCAUGGCAUCGCCAGCUUCGUGUCGGCCCUGGGCUGCAAUGCUGCCAAGAAACCCACCGUGUUCACCCGCGUGUCUGCCUUCGAGGACUGGAUUGCAGAGACCAUGAGAGACCACUGAGCAUGGCAGCGUCCUUGUCAUCGACCCCCUGGCCUGGCAUUGGGC